AUGAAUUUAAUUUCUUUCAAUGUUAGAGGCUGUUGUAGUUCCAUCAAGAGAAGGAGAUUAACUCAAAUUAUUCAGAGAGGAAAUGCCGAUAUUUUCCUUAUUCAGGAAACCAAGGUUAUCAAGAUGGAGGAUGGUAUAGUUUUCAGCAUGUGGAGGAAUUUUGAUUUGGAUUGGUCAGCUCAGAACUCCGUUGGGAACUCUGGUGGAAUUCUAACCAUGUGGAAUACUGUCAGAAUCUCUGCUUGUUUUAGUUUUAAUGGGAAAGGAUUCUUAGGUCUAAACUUUGUUUGGAAUAACCAUAGGUUGAUGGUGAUCAACGUUUACGCUCUUUGUGGAUCAGUUGAUAAGAGGAAGCUUUGGAGAGAUUUGAUUAAAAUUAAGAACAAUUACCCUGACAUUGGUUGGAUCGUGGGAUGGGAUUUUAAUGCGGUGAAAAAUAGGGAGGAAAGGAAGGGCCUAAGUGUUAUAACAACUGGGAUAUAA